AUGGGCUAUAUGGAAAUCUUUCUGGUAGUUGUAUUCUGUUCUCUUCUUCUCCUUUUAGCUCCCCAAAAUAGAGUUUUCCCAUGGAGCUGGCCACUCAUAAAACUGAUGCCAACAGUGUUCCUCAAAAGCCACGAAUUAUACGACAAAAUAACACAAAUUUUAACAGAAAAUAACUCAACUAUUUUGCUCAAGACAUCCUGGUUCACAAAAACUGACAUUUUGGUCACAAGCGACCCAGCGAACGUGCAACACAUCUUGAACUCAAGGUACUCAAUUUACCAGAGGGGGUCAGAGUUCAGAAAGGCUUUCGAUUUCUUCGGCGAUGCGAUUUUCCUUAAAGAUGUCCAAGAGUGGAAAGAAGAGAAGAAGUUUACUCAUGCAUUCUACAAGGAAAAUCGGUUCCAGAAGUCUUCUCUUAAGAUAAUACAUCAGACCCUGGAGAAAUCCUUAAUCCCAGUUCUUGAUCACAUGUCAAAUCAAAACCAAGUUCUAGACCUACAAAUCUUGUUCAAUCGUUACAUGCUCGACACAACUUGCCUAAUGGCUACCGGAUUCGAUCCGGGGUCCCUCCGGAUCGGGUUUCCCAAGAGCCCGCUAUUGGACGCCAUGGAUGACAUGGCGGAGGUUGUGUUUCGCAGGCAUAUCCUGCCUGAGAGAGUUUGGAAGCUGCAAAGGUGGCUGAGAAUUGGAAAGGAGAAGAAAACUGCUGAAGCUUGCAACAUUCUGAACCAAACAAUAGCAGAUUAUGUGUCUAAAAACCAGGAGCUAAAUGCCAAGAAACAGGAAAACGGAGACGAGUUUGAUGUGUUGAAGUUCUAUUUGGCUGAGGCAACUGCGAAAGGAUCCACAAAGCAUACAGAAACAGGCUUUUUGGCAGCUAAUGUUAUGACCCUUUUAUAUGCUGGAAGGGACACUUCUGCUGCACUAUUAACCUGGUUCUUCUACCUCAUUUCAAGAAACCCUUUCGCCGAAAACAAGAUUUUAGCAGAAAUCAGGGAGAAUUUCCCACCUCGGAGACAUUUUUUUCCGAAUGCACAAGAACUAAGCAAACUCGUUUAUCUCCACUGCGCGUUGUGUGAGACCCUAAGGCUUUUCCCGACGACCCCGGUUAUUAUCCGGGAGCCUAUCCAAGAAGAUGUGCUUCCUACUGGACACAAAGUUGAUCAAACUACGAAAGUAAUCCUUUGCUCGUAUGCAAUGGGAAGGAUGCCGAAGAUAUGGGGAGAAGAUUGCAAAGAAUUCAAACCGGAGAGAUGGAUAUUACCAGGGAAAGGAGGGAUCAAACAUGUAGGAUCGAACAGUUUUCUUGGAUUCGGGUCAGGUCCUUGGGCUUGUCCGGGUAAAGAAUUGGCGUUCACUAGAAUGAAAGCUGUUGCCGCAACCAUUCUGCAUAAUUUUAAAGUAGAGGUUCCGGAGGGGCAGACAAUUUGUCCAGGUGUUUCUGCUCCGCUCACCCUGAAACAUGGCUUGAAGGCUACAGUUUCCAGCAGAUGGAUAUGA